CCAAUGUCCCCCCCCCCCCCCCAUAGAGCAAAGAGGAGGUGAUGGCCGUGAGGCUGCGCGAGGCCGACAGCAUGGCGGCCCUGGCUGAGAUGAGACAGAGGGUGGCCGAGCUGGAGAUCCAGAGGGAGGAGGGGAUGAUCCAAGGGCAGCUCAACCACUCGGACGCCGCUCAGUACAUCCGGCAGCUGAAGGAUCACAUCGACGAGCUCAAGGCCGAGGUGAGGCACCCAUGGGUGCUAAUGGACGAGAUCCGGCUCCUUCGCGGCCCGCUCUCUUUCAGCUCCGUGGGGCUGGGGCGACGUUUGGGGGACGACGAUUCUUUGGGGUCUUCGGACGAGGAGCUGCCGGCGUUUGCUCUGCCCCACAACCACGGGGGGGACAUGGGGGACAUCAUGGGGGACAUCAUGGCCGACAGCAGCGACAGCGACAACGACGGGGCCGCCACCGCACCAUGACCCCAUAGGGGACAUCGAUGGCACCGUGACCCCAUAGGGGACAUCGAUGGCACCGUGACCCCAUAGGGACAGUGGGGACAAUGGGGGACAUCGAUGAUGCCAUUGACCCUAUGGGGGGACAGUGGGGGACAAUGGGGGGCAAUGGGGGGCAAUGGGGGGCAAUUACGGCACCCUGACCCCAUUGGAGGACAUUGGGGUCAAUGGGGGACAUUGAUGACGCCAUGACCCCAUAGGGGACAUCGAUGGCACCAUGACCCCAUAGCGGGACAUCAAUGGCACCGUGACCCCAUAGGGACAGUGGGGACAAUGGGGGACAUCAAUGAUGCCAUUGACCCUAUGGGGGGACACUGGGGGACAAUGGGGGGCAGUUAUGGCACCCUGACCCCAUAGGGGGACAUUGGGGUCAAUGGGGGACAUCAAUGAUGCCAUUGACCCCAUAGGGGACAUCGAUGGCACCGUGACCCCAUAGGGGACAUUGGGGACAAUGGGGGGCGUCAAUGAUGUCAUUGACCCUAUGGGGGGACAUUGGGGUCAAUGGGGGACAUCAAUGAUGCCAUGACCCCAUAGGGGACAUCGAUGGCACCAUGACCCCAUAGGGGACAGUGGGGACAAUGGGGGCAACUACGGCACCCUGACCCCAUAGGGACAGUGGGGGACACCAACGAUGCCAUUGACCCUAUGGGGGGACAGUGGGGGCAACUAUGGCACCCUGACCCCAUAGGGGGACAUUGGGGUCAAUGGGGGGCAUCAAUGAUGCCAUUGACCCUAUGGGGGGACAUUGGGGUCAAUGGGGGACAAUGGGGGACAUCAAUGAUGCCAUUGACCCUAUGGGGGGACAGUGGGGGACAAUGGGGGGCAAUUACGGCACCCUGACCCCAUAGGAGGACAUUGGGGUCAAUGGGGGACAUGGAUGAUGCCAGGACCCCAUGGGGGCAGUGUGACCCUAUGGGGGGACAUUGGGGUCAAUGGGGGACAUCAAUGAUGCUGUGACCCUAUAGGGGGACAGUGGGGGCAACUACAGCACCCUGACCCCAUAGGGGGACAAUGGGGUCAAUGGGGGACAAUGGGGACAUUGAUGAUGCCAUGACCCUAUGGGGGCAAUGUGACCCUAUGGAGGGACAAUGGGGGACACUGAUGGUGCUGUGACCCUAUAGGGGGACAAUGGGGGACAUUGAUGAUGCCAUGUCCCCAUAGGGGAACAUUGGGGUCAAUGGGGGACAGUGAUGGCGUCAUGACCCCAUAGGGGGACAUGGAUGGCACCUUAAUCCCAUAGGGUCACCCAAGGGACACUGGGGACAUUAAUGGGGACCCCAUAGGUCCCAUGGCACCCAAGGGACACCCAUAGACCCCAUGGGGCACUAAUGG